CCUUGUCAAUUUUUGUUGAGUGUUGACCCCUAUCCCCUUGAUACACCACCUGAAACUAAGCAAAAACCCCACUAAAACUCCAUUAAAAUGGAAUCUCUAAUAAGCUGCAGAACCAGACCCAUAUUCUUCCUCUUCUUCAAUCUCUACUUUCUAUCUCUCCUUUUCACUGCAAUCACAGCAAUCCAAAAUCCAUCAUCAUCUUCUUCAUCAAUCAUCUCCAGAUUUCAAGAAUACCUUCGAAUUAACACUGCUCAACCAAACCCCAAUUACUAUGUAGCUGCUGAUUUCAUCCUUUCUCAAGCUAAAUCGUUAUCUCUUGAAUCCCAGACUAUUGAAUUUGUCAAAAAUAAACCCUUAAUUUUGAUCAAAUGGCCUGGGAAAAACCCAAAUUUACCCUCAGUUCUUCUUAAUUCUCACACCGAUGUCGUUCCGGUGGAAUCCCAGAAGUGGAUUCAUGACCCUUUUGGUGCCCAUAUCGACUCUCAGGGCAACAUUUAUGCCAGAGGCUCUCAGGAUAUGAAAUGUGUAGGUUUGCAGUACUUGGAAGCUAUUCGGAAGCUGAAGGAUUCUGGGUUUGAGCCCACUCGUACCAUUUAUUUGUCCUUUGUGCCGGAUGAAGAGAUUGGAGGGCAUGAUGGGGUGGAAAAGUUGGCCGAGUCUGAUGUUUAUAAAAAAAUGAAUGUGGCCUUUGUUCUGGAUGAGGGACUUGCCUCACCAGGAGAGAAGUACCGGGCAUUUUAUGCAGAGAGAUCACCGAUGUGGACUGUGAUAAAGGCUACUGGGGCACCCGGACAUGGUGCUAAGUUGUAUGAUAAUACAGCAAUGGAGAAUUUGUUAAAGAGUAUUGAGAUUAUAAGAAGAUUUCGAGCUUCACAAUUUGAUAUGGUAAAGGCUGGUUUGAAAGCUGAAGGAGAAGUGGUCUCGGUGAAUAUGGUGUUUCUGAAAGCUGGCACUCAAACUCCAACUGGUUUCGUCAUGAACUUGCAACCUUCUGAAGCUGAAGCAGGGUUUGAUAUUCGGGUUCCACCAACAGCUGAUCAAGAAGCCCUUUUGAAACGUAUUGCUGAGGAGUGGGCCCCUGCAUCGCGUAACAUGACAUUUGAGUAUGGCCAGUUUAAGCAGAAGCAAUCUGUUCUUGACAAUUUUGGCAACCCAGCUCUGACUGCUGCUGACAAUUCGAACCCGUGGUGGGUCCUUUUAGAAGAGGCUGUUCGCAGUGCUGGUGCACAACUUGAAAAGCCGGAAAUUUUUCCUGCUUCUACAGAUUGUCGUUACUUCAGGCGACAAGGCCUGCCUGCUAUUGGUUUCUCGCCUAUGGCAAAUACUCCAAUUCUACUACAUGACCACAAUGAGUUUUUAAACCAAGCAGAGUAUCUAAAAGGAGUCGACAUAUAUGUGUCUAUCAUCAAAGCUUAUGCAUCCUAUGACGAGCAUGCAGAGGCUACAAAAGAAUCCAGCUCCAGGGAUGAGUUAUAAGAACUCGGCAUCACUAUUCUGCAGACAAUUGCACUCUUCCAAUUCCAAGUCCUUUCUAUCCAAUAACAUUAUCAGAAAUUCAGAAUUGAUUUGCUCGAUCGAGAAAUAAGGUCAGUUUUUUUAUUUUUUAUUUUUUUUUUAUUUUAUCAGCCUGGUAAAAUACUAUUACUGUAUUUGUGUAAAGUUGGAACUUCACACUUAGGUUUCAGAGAAACUUAACAGUUUUUAUUGGGGUUGUGAAUAAUGUGGCAAAACUAAACUCACUGACUUACACUUACCAGUGCGUAUAAAGUUCCUUUCAUUCCAUAUAAUUUUCAGAUUUCAAUGAUUGCGAAGAAAAUGUAUAUAAUACAGGUAAAUCAGAAAUCUAAGGGAGUGUUUGGUUUGGUUUGGUGUAAAA